AUGAUAUGCGAUACGUGCCUAAAGGUGGUUCAGUGGAUCGUUGAGACGCAUGCCGCUCCUGACCCGACACCUUUCCUUCGCCCGGGUCCUGACGGCUGUACAGUGGCAUCGGACAGCAAAAGCUGCUGCUGGGUAUGCUCUGUAUUCCGCCAAAACCUCAGAUUGUAUCAUCCGGAGCGUCGCGAGCAAUGGGAUGAUGGGCCGAUGCGAACAGCUUAUCGUCAUCCGGCUGUAGUUCUCGGUGAAGGCGAAGAUGGGUACGGCUACGAGUAUAUCGCCUCUUGCGCCAUUGAACUGGGAGGUUUCGCUCUUGACUUUCCCUUUGAAGUGAAUUAUUCGAGUACCCGGAGUAGGUUCCGCAGACACCCGGGUCCAGGAGGUAUUAUCCACCCACCCGUUCGCCCUUCAGCCUCCUAUUGCCUAUUAACCGAAUUCUCAGUGUUUCGGGCUAAGCACGAGAAACCAAAUGGCGACGCGUUGCACGAAGCCAAUGGGACAAAUUGCGAUUUGAGUCUUGUCCGGAAGUGGAUUGGCGAGUGCGAUGCGAAACAUGCCAUGAGAUGCACAUCAAAGCAUCAAGUAUGGUCCCCGCGCCGGUUAGUGUACCUUGGUGAUCAGGAUGCGCAUGUGAAGGUGGUCACCGUCUCCAAAACAUGGCCUGCAGAACCAUACGCAACAGUCAGCUACAGGAGACCAAGUCCUCUCCGACCGUCUCCGAUGCUGUUGCUCGAGAACAGGCACGAGCUGGAGCAAUACAUCCCUGUGGAAACCCUGCCUAUGGCUCUGCAAGAUGCCAUGCACGUGGCCAGAGGACUGGGAAUAUCUUUUAUCUGGAUAGAUGCAUUGUGUAUCAUCCAGGACACCGAGGACGAUACAGCACCUCAGAGUGAAAUGACAGAAAAGCCGGCAGAUGGAGUUGAUGGAAACGGGAACGACGAUCUCCAUUAUUUGCGCAGCGUUUAUCGUUACGGCUGCAUCAACAUCUCAGCAACCGGUGCUAUCCAUAGCGAUGAGCCACUAGUCUCGAACCGAUGCGCUCUGUACCACGCGGAGUCAUUGUUAGUGAACAGUCACGGCAAGCCAGUAAGAUUGAGCCCACGGAACGACGACCUGCCUGAUCAAGUCCUCUUGGAUUCCAGGGCUUGGAUAUUCCAAGAGGAGAACUUGGCAAGGCGAACGCUGCACCUCGGCGGCUACGAGAUGGCAUGGUCCUGCAGAGAAUGUUGUCGGACAGAGAGCUUUGGCAUCAAACCUUCCCAAUAUCAAACAGUGACCCCUCAGAACUGGCUUCUUCAGGUCGAAAAGUUCUCCCGGCGCCGCUUAUAUCACCAGACUGAUGUGCUCGACGCGGUGCGCGGGUUGUCCGGGCUUUGGGCGGGAAGCUGCGAUAUCCCUGUUGUUAGAGGGAUAUGCGUGGCAGACCUUGGCAGGGCGCUGCUUUGGAGGCCCACUGACGAGGCCCAAGCAUCACCUGCGGAUGACUCGCUUUCAUUGUAUGCACCGAGCUGGACGUGGCUUUCGGUCAAGAGACAGGUGACACAUCCAGUGGGGUUGAUCUACUAUGCCACAUUCCAAGGCAAAGAGAUGUACACAUGUCUGUCACCUGGACAAAAGGACGAUAUCGUGGCGAUGGAUUUGAUCGAGCUGCCUGAGUCCUUGAAAAGACACGACAAAGGGCGCUUAUUGGGCCCUGGUUAUAGCGACGACACAUGGGGACUUACAGUCUUGGGGAACAUGAACAGUCUCAAUAUGAAGGUGGUUGGAUCUCCACCUCAUUACUCUGACAUUAUCAUCGGCGGCAAGAGCCUUGAGAACACCAAAAUCCUUGUGGCACUCGAUCACGGGGCGCAGAUGCUUACAUCGGCCGCACCAGUGACUAACAUGAGAUUCAUAGCGACUUACUGCAAUCCCACGCAGAUCGCUGGGAUCGUUGUCAGGCCUCACCAGCCUGACCUUCAGACCCCAAAAUGGAAGCGGAUCGGCAUUCUGCAAAUUAUUCUCGUUCAGUCCAUCCACAGGACCAAGAGGCCCAAGGUCGGCGCUAUGGAAACUUUGGUUGAGAUGGACAAGAGCUUGUAUAUCACUCCUUCCACCUUGCUGUCGGGAAGAAUCUCAAACAUUAUCGAAUUUCUUUCCAUAAACGCUUGUGAACCAGGGACUGCCGAUUGUCAGCGGGUGCUGCUGGAAAACGGGAAGUGCGCUCCACGUCCGAUAACAUUAGUGUAG